UGGCCAGACCAGACAGCAGACGAGAGUGGACUCUGGUCAGCUGCAGAGCAAGACUGUCAGUCAGCAAUAUGUGGAAACUGCUGGUCAUCGCUGUUGUUUGUGUGCAGCUGUGCUGUGCACAGUACCCGAGAUACCUUCGUUUCCCGGUGGGCAGAGACGACGACACCAAAUGCCAUGACAACCAGGUUGACAAGAAGUACAACAUCGGUGAUGUCUGGAGCUCCCCAUUCUCUGGCUGUAAACAGAGUCACUGCGUCAAGGAGGACGGCGUUCUUUACAUUGACAGAUUCCAGUGUCCGUCGGUGAGAGAGCAGGUGGACUUCAAGAAGCUGAAGGCCAACAAUCUGUUCUGCCGCGAGGCUCGGGGAGACAGGAGGAAGGAGUUUCCCGACUGCUGUGCCCGCCUUGUCUGUAAACACUACGUGGACGGCAAGCUUGUGCCGCUGCCGGCGCACAAAUAUCCCCUGCUCUAAUCAGAGCUAGAGUGAAACUGCAUUUGCUCGAGUGCGAACCUAAGAUGUUUGAAUAUUUAUCCGUGUAUGCGAAGUUGGUGUAGCCGAAUGUGCUUACUGCCAUGAGGGCUUUCAGUUGGAGUCUUGUGAUAUUAGUACGAACUUUCAGUUAUAGGAUUUCGCGCAUACAACGAGUCGCAAGCUUUGCUCAGCACCAAUCUGAUGCUCAGGUAUAUGUACGUUGAAUCUGAAUUAAUGGGACCUGCUGGGACAUCUGGGCAAGUCAUUUUCCAUAAUGUCGUCGUCCAUGGCAAUACUAUGAUUAUUCGUACACCGAUGAAACGUUUGUGAGCAAUAUUACCAGUCAGAUUCAUUUCAACCAUUAUUCUUCAUGCAAAGCGAAGCGAUAUCUAUCGCCGGAUGGAAGCGCAAAUAAACGUGGAAUUUAC